AUGUCAACCCCCGAAGAGGAGCUCCUCAUGGGACUCUUGACUCAAUCAGAACCUAGGCGCAUUGACUUCGACAGACUUGCCACUUUCAUCGGCGUUGCCACUCCCGAAGCCGCUCGCUGCAAAUUGGAUCGCUACAGACAAAAAAUUGCACAGAGAGCAAGACCAACCACUUUUAGAAAGACCACCGGCGUGAGCAAGAAAAUUGGAUCUGUUUCACCAAAGAAAGCUGGAGAUAGUCCCAAGAAAAAUGCGCGAGGAAACCCUAAGAAAUCACGUGGUCGGGUCAUCAAACAAGAGAGCGAUGAAGAUGAGAAAAUGGAUAUGGAUGAGGAAGACGGCGAGAAAAAAGAUUAUGAGAAGGAAAGCAUGGAUGUCAAUAUCAAGAUGGAGGAGCCGGUUACGCCAUCGCGCAAGUUGCAGUUUCGACGAGCGAGAGUUACGAGGUUUGUGGAAGACAUUAGUGAUGCGGAGGAUGAACAAGAAGAAGAAGAAGAAGAGGAAGAAGAAGAUGGAGAUAUGCAGGUGGCUGCGGAAGCUGAGAGAAUGGAAGAUUUAUCUAUCAAGGAUGAGGAUGACGACGAGGAAUAUGAAGCAUAG